CCCUCUUUGUAUGCCUGAUUCUCCCUUUUCUUCUAUUUAUUAAACGUCCAUCAUCCAUCAUCCACCAUCCAUCAUCCACCAUCCAUCAUCCACCAUCCAUCAUCUGCCCGUCUCCCAGCCUACAAGACCACAAACUACCACAAACUACCAAACGCACCCCUUAUCCAGGGAAAAAAAAAAAAAAAAAAAAAAUGAAAAUCUCCACCGCCAUCCUCCUCCCCCUCGCAACCACCGCCAUCGCCGGUCCCGCAGGCUACGGCGUCUGUCAGGCCGGCUGUUCAGGUGUCGUCAUGGCCUGCUACUCUGCUGCGGGCUUUACCUGGGGCGCUACUCUGGGUGCUUCUGCGCCUGCUAGUAUUGUGGCGUGUAACACGGCGUAUGGGUCUUAUAUCUGGUAUUGGGUCCGAAUGAGAGAGAUUUGGGAUGUUUACGUUGGAGUCGAAGGUUGGGUAGACAUGUUGGACAUUGGGGACAGUUGAGAGAUGAUGAUUCAAUGAACGUUAUGAUUUUCAUCGAGCGUAAAGCCUA